AGGCCUUCACCAUCAUGGACCAGAACCGAGAUGGCUUCAUCGACAAGAACGACUUGAGGGACACCUUUGCCGCCCUUGGGCGUGUGAACGUGAAAAACGAAGAAAUUGACGACAUGAUCAAGGAGGCUCCGGGCCCAAUUAACUUCACCGUGUUCCUGACCAUGUUUGGGGAGAAACUGAAGGGCGCGGAUCCCGAGGAGACCAUUCUCAACGCGUUCAAAGUGUUCGACCCCGAAGGCAAAGGGGUGCUGAAGGCGGCUUACGUCCGGGAGAUGCUGACCACGCAGGCAGAGAGGUUCUCCAAGGAGGAGAUCGACCAGAUGUUCGCGGCCUUCCCCCCGGACGUCACCGGCAACCUGGACUACAAGAACCUGGUGCACAUCAUCACCCAUGGGGAGGAGAAGGACUAGGGCUGGGCGGAGCGGCCUGGGC